AUGAAUGAACUGAGUGGAAAUAAUACAGUUUGUGUUGGAUCUAGAAAUGAUUGCGUUUAUCAACCAUCUACAUCAAGUGGUACAAUAAAGCCAUUGAUUAUGACUAUGACAAAAAAAACUUUGAAACUAAUUGCUUUUAAGGAUCCUGAGUUCCCCCACCAUAAACGAAUAAAUAACAGAGACUUAAAUAAAAAAAGUCUGUUACCGAAAGUCGGCCCCAACUCCGGCUACUAUCGAGUUUCUAUUCAAACAGGCAACUUUGUAUGGCAGGUACCCGAAAUAUCAAAGGUACACACCCCAUAA